CACUCGCUCGCGUAGAUUACAAACCACGCCAGUGCGCGACACACCGCCGUCGAAGCAACACGCCGCGUGUUUGUGAACAAAACGCCGUAUUACAUGUGCGUACUACUACGUACGAUUAUUUACACACGUAUUUUCAUAGUGUCAAAAAAAUAAAUAAAUAAGAGUGUUGUGUGAUGAAUUUUUGUUUUUGUGUUAUGUGACGGAAUUAUGACAAGUGUGUUGAAGAAGUCAAAAGGAAGUAAAGGUAAAUCUGAAUCCAUGCAAGAAGACCUUCCUUCGAGAUGGGGGGUUGUCUCCCGGGAAAGUAAAUCGGAGGACGUCGCGAAACUGAUCAAAUGCAUCGACGACAAUAUUAUUGGAAAGGGGAACUCCUAUUGUGGACCCUUUGGCCGGAGGAAAGUUGUCUAUUGCGACUACAACGGGUCCGGGCGCGCUCUACAAUGCAUAGAAGAUUACGUGACGAGAGAUGUGUUGCCAACACACGCCACUAAAUGCACGGGUUUGUCCUACACAUCGGGGCAGAGCGAGAUAUACAGGACGGAAUCCAUGACUAUAAUCAGAAGUUUGGUGGGAGCUUGUCCUGAAGAUGUCGCUGUGGUGGGAGCCACCCUGGUGCGGUUCCUGCGGGCGCUGCGACCUGAGGGAGUGGUUCUGUUCGUGUCCUCACGGGAGACCGAGCGCCAGAUCGCACCCUGGAGGGAGUAUGGAGCUGAGGUCAUCAAAAUCUCGGAAACAAAAGAAGGUUACAUAGACUUGAACAAUUUGGAACAGAGAUUGCAGCAAAACGCAAAUACGGGGAAGAGGUUGAUUGGCUUCUUCCCGGCGGCUUCGAAACUGACUGGGGUGUUAGCUGAUGAUGUGGCCACCACCUUACUUCUCCACCAAUACGGAGCUUGGUCCUUCUGGGACUAUACACUUGUGGCACCAUCUUCUGCUGUGGAUAUGAACCCGACUUUUCCUGGAGUAAAAGAGGAGAUGGUCAAAAAGGACGCCCUGUUCUUCAAUUGUGAGAAGUUUGUGGGUGGGGUCCAGGGACCCAGCGUCGUGAUCGUGAAGAAAGAGGUGUUCCAAAAUACUCCCAUAUAUUCUGAUGAUGUUGAGGUUUUGAGCGAGAGGAUUGAAGAAUUAAAGUCCACGGAGGCGGUAAGAGCUGCUCUGGUGAUGCAGCUGAGAGAUGCCGUCGGCCUUCAGAAUAUUGUAGAAAGACAGGAAAAUAUUAGCAAACAAGUCUUGUCCCACAUCAAGAAUAUCCCGGAACUGAUUCUCCUGGGGAAUGUGUCCCCUGCUGUCAGAAGAUUGCCUAUCUUCUCCAUCAUGGUGAAGCAUCCGCGAGGAACCUUCCUCCACCACAACUUCGUCUGCGCAGUGCUUAAUGAUGUCUUCGGGAUCCAAGCCAGAGGAGGGUUGACAAGCAACCUGAACUACGGAUCUGAUGUCCUGGGGAUCGACAGUCAGCUGCUAAAAGAGUACGAGAAACUAUUGGAUGUUGAAGCCCAAAAAGAAAUCGCUCGUGUACGGAAGUUGAGUGAUGUGAAGGCGCCAGAAGUUCCCAUCCACAAUGAACACCUAAGACCUGGGUUCUGCAGAGUUUCGUUACCUUUCUUCAUGUCGGAUACAGAGCUGGCAUUUGUUCUCGAAGCCCUGAAGAUGGUUGCUACUGAAGGCUGGAAGAUUUUACCACAAUACGUAGUGAACCCUGAGACCGGGCAGUGGAGACAUCACACCUGCUCAGUGCUACGAGACAGAAAGUCUUUACAUUCAGUCAAAUUCAACGAUGGGAAGAUGACCUCUCAUGAAAGGAGAGUCUCCGGUCCAGGUAUAUUUCCUCAAACGUACACCGAGACUCUUCAAACGGCUAGGAAUCUAUUCAGUAGAGCUCGUAAACUGGCCAUGAAGUGCUCGACAGCUGAACCAGAAGUCACUUUCAACCCACGCAUAGACUACCUCAGAUGGUUUAUGCUUCCCAAAGAGGCUCACGAUCUUCUUCUGGGUAGAUCGGCAAACGUGAAACAUAUUGUGCCAUUUGACCCCUCAGGCUACACAGGAGCAAGAAAGAGCCUUAACAUUUCUAGGUCUUCCAUUACUUCAUCGCCUAUUUUGGGAUCAUCACCGAGGCAUUUCAGUCUAUCAGCUAUAGACGACUGCCAUUUAUUCAGACUGAAACAGAAACAAAAGUUUUACUCUAGGGAGUCUAGUCUUCGCGAAACUCACAAAGAAGAAACUGAGACUCCCCUCCCAGUGCACUUCGCGGUCGGAGAAUCAGUCUCACCACUGCGAUUGAUACCACAAAACAAACAGCCUUUGCUGGUCAGAUCAAGGUGCUACAGCCUGGGCUCUGACAGUCCCCCUGCAGCUCUUAGCGCACAAACAAAACUGAACCUAGGAUUAAAAGAAACCAGUCCAAACAACAUCAUAGAGAAAUCAAACUUUUGCAAUUGUGGAAGUCAGACAGACUUGCAGUCGUUAGACGACCCGAUGAUCUCACCCGGAAAGGCAUUCCCCUACAGCACACAGAGCAGUACUUCGAUAUCUGACUGUAGUCAAGUGGGACGCAUAUCUCCUACUACUUCUCUUAAUUCUCAAACAUCAGAAGACAUACAAGCUUAUGUAAAAGAAAUGACAAGGGAAAUAGCUACAGAAAUAAAGUCUGAGAUCCGUGAAGUCAUAUCUAAGGUGGAUGAUAUUCUUGAGAAUUCUGACUCGCUCGAGCAGUCAAAUCUUAGCAUGAACUCAAUUUCUAGUCAGAGCGAGAAGAAUUCAGUGUCGGUGAUAGAUGUAGCCGAGUAUCUCAUGGGUAUGUCCAGAGAGAUGGCUUCUGAAGUUAAACAUGAGAUUCGCGAGAUGGUCAAUCAGGUCGAUGAGAUGAUUUCACCAGAUUACAAUGGAUCCUGCUCGAGAAAGAGCUCUCCGCCACAAACUGGAAGACAGCGGAUUGGUUCGGGUCCCGAGUUAGGUCUGGAUCUCAAGAAGUCGACUUCGUGUUUGCGGAAGUGUCCUACUAGUCCGGUUCUACCGCAGUAUGAUGAAGAUGACCGUUACUGUAAGCGAUCUCCCACGACAAACUCUCCUAAGUCAUCUCAAUGCACACCUUCGCAUGAGGCGUCAGGACCAAACAGUAUCUCAUUCAAUUCAAGUGAGACAUCAACACCAGAUACCAUAAUCCAGGUAGUCACGACUCAAAACUCACCGAUCCUACCCAAAUCGUUAAGUUCAAACAAAUUGUCGGAUGAUGAAGCAAGUUGUACCGACGCUGCGUGCAGACACUGUUGUAUCAAGAAAAACUGGUGCCAAAACCCUUCAGUGAGUUCGCAGGACAGCGGCAUCAACAUGACAUUCACUGAAACGGACUCAUUUUUAGACUUCGACACGCUAAACAAAUGCAGAAAAGGACAAGGACGUCUGCGGAUAUGCCAGAAGCACGAGAAGAGUGAAGUGCCAGACAUCAUCGAGGGGGUGCCAGUGUGCUCCGGAGACUAUGACCGCCAGAACAAGAGAUACGAUGCCACAGACCCUGGCAGGGUAAUCUUCGCGGAGGAGCCUGAAGGACAAAAUAGGGCCAUAUCGACAGUGGCUGACUCAAAGCGUAGUAGUCGUUCCUCGAACGCGUCAUCAAGCUGUUCUGAUCGAAGCUCUCGGUCCAGCGGCUAUGGCACUGACCAGAGGACUCACGAUGACCGCUAUUACGAUAGGAGUGAAUCAGAGUGCCGCACAUUCAAGCCUCAGUGGGAGGAAGAACAUGAAGAGCGUGAAGACAGCAGCGCGUGCAGCGACGCCAGCCUCACUGACCUCACGCUGGACGACGACAGCAACUGGCACUGCCCGCCCAGGGCCGUGUGGAAACCUACUGUCGAGGCAAUCCACGAGUACAAUAUGAUCCGGCCCGGCGACAAGGUCCUUGUUUGCCUGUCAGGCGGCAGCAGCUCCAUCGCGUUGCUGCACACCAUGCACCAGUACCAGCUCUACUGCAGGGCUAAAGGCAUCCACUUCAGUAUCGGCGCCCUGUUCGUCCACGAAGCAAAUUCUCAAGUGGAUCCUCUCCAUCUGAUGGCCUACUGCAGAACUCUCGGCGUCAAGUUUAUAUAUGAAGACAAAUUUGAAGAGGAAGAACCAGAAAGCACUCACAACACUUGCACAAGUCCCUGGAGCCUGGCAGCAGAAGCUACUCGCUGGUCGUGCCGUAGCACCCGCAAGCGCGCCAUCACUGCAGCUGUAGCACACGGCUACGGCGUAGCGGCGCUGGCCCAGCACCUGGACCGCGCAGCUACGGCCUUCUUAGCCGCCGCGCUACAUACUGGCACCUUGAGGACUUUGAGACCACAUUACACGCUGCGCGACCACGACAUCCGUAUAAUCCGGCCGUUCAUCUACGUGCGCUCGCGCGCUCUCGCGGCGUUCGCGUGCGCGCGCCGCCUGCCCGACUUCCGCAGCGAUGACGUCACGCACGAACACUCGCCGCCCAAUAGCCCCACGCACAGUGACGAAAGCAUUGACAACAACAAAACCAUGGUACUUGAACGCCUAGCAGCUGAACCCUGCAGCUCAUUGGCAAAAGAGCCUUCUGCCUCCAAAGACCCCCGGCCGGUUGAGGCCAGCCUGGCAGAGUCCCUGGCAGAGCCGCUGGCAAGUGCCAGUGACCUACUGGCGUGCCAGGAGCGACGCUACCCGUACCUCUUCACCAGUCUUAAGAGUGCGUUACGUCCACUUUUUAAUGGCAGAGAUCUGAACAAGGACCAGAAAGAGCAGCGACACAGGAAGAAGUCAGUCAUACAGAUGCGUAACGGAGCGCCCGUGUAUGACUCCGAUGAUGACAGCGAGGAGGAGCUGAUGCCAUAGGUGAUGACCUGCCGCGGCUGCCUGCCACCAGCCUGUCAGAUGCUGUAGACAGAGACAGGCAAAACUGGGUUUCCAUUAAACUUGGUGAAUAACUUCAGAGAGAAAAUGGAAAAAGUACAUCUUAAAAAGGAACAGCUCGCAAUGCAUCCAGCAUUGAUGUUAUUACAGAUAGAAUAAGCACUUUCAAGUGUUAUUUUGUAUGGCAAAAAUCUCAAAUUUCAGGAUCGUUUCAUAUCGUUUUGGGAGCUAUAAGCAUCAAUAUACUAUUAAUCAAUACCAAAACUUCAUGAAACGAUUCUUUCUUGUGUGAGCAGCCGUAGGCAGUCUUUCUAACUUGAUAACUUAGGUCACACUAAGUGGCUUGCCAUAGGUGGGGCAGUGGCCAAAGGUCAGGCCAACCGCCAAACACGAUGUGUUCUAGGUGUGAUAUAUAUGCCAACCACCAAAGGUGGAUGUUUGCAUGUUGUAAUGUUUCGGCAGUUUUUGAUGGCCACCACAUAUCAAAAUAAUAUCAUUGCAGCACCUACAUUUCUCCGAGCGUUACUGACGUUUGCGAUAAGUCAAAGAAACGACAGUUUUCGAAAACGAGUGUCAUUCCUGUACCAAUCGCUUUCUAUUCUAAUGCGCGAGGUUUUUGUUUGUGGAAGUGAAACAGCGCUCUACACGGUUUAUAUCGGCGUCUCUCUUUUUGAACUGCAAUAAUAUUAUUUUAGGUAGGUAGGCUUUGGUAGUGUGUUUGUGGUAGAUGUUGGCUUGUGAUUACUCAGUGAUCGUUUUACUUGUGAUCCGUGUAAGUUAUUUGGCGGUGGAUUUUUUUGGCUCCAUUUGCGAAAGUGCAGUAUGUUGUAAUACAAUUUAUUUUUUGUGAUUCGUGACUGUUUCUAAUCUGAUUUAUAAAUGAUGUCCAUUAACUGUCAACAAUUAAUCAAUUAUAAUACAUCAAAUAAUGUAUACCGGAUUAACAAAUGUUCAAGAUUUGUCAAUUGUAGUGAAAGUAUAAAUUUGUUCAUUGAGUUACUUUAAGUGAAUUAACUAUAUUAUUUUCGUAUGAUUGUCAGUUUAGAGCCAUUAAAACGCCGCCGUAUUUAAUGUUCUAGUUUGUAAGAUAAGCGAGUGUGAACUUUGAUUUGACGUUUGAUUCAGGGUUGCCAUGUUAAUAAUAUUUUGUUACUAAUCAAGAUGGUACGAUUUUUUUAUUUUUAAAGUAUAACUGUGGAAUUGAAAACAAAGUGCAUUUGUUACAGUCUGUUAUUAUAAUGUUAAGAAAUAUAUUUUUCAAUGUUGUUGUAUGAAUUGUAUGGAGAUAAAAUAUUGUACGAGUUGUAUUUAUUCAGUCGGUUGAAGUUUAAGAAAUAUAUCCAAGCGUUUAUUAUAUACUGAUUUUAUUUUAGGUACGUAUUGUGUACGAAAUGAGGUACCUAAAACUAUUUUGUGGAUGUAACGAUAUAAUAAUAGAUAUAAAAGAUUUAAUUAUACAAGUUUACAAAGUAGCCAGUAUCAAAGCUGUUAUUUGUACAAACUUUGUAGUUAUAGUGUAUUACGCUUUUUAUAAAGAUAUUAAUUUGCAGUGUUGCCAGCUACAUGGCCACCUUCAUUUUUGUACAACGAGUGAAUGUUUAUUUAGGGCCAUCAAUGAUUCCCGUGUAUAAUACCUCCCUUUUGGCUUCGUAGUCGGGUAAAUCGGAAUACGCUGAUGUGCGACUGAUUGUGAAUGUCAACUCAUUUUUCUAUUAUUUUUUUGUCAUUAAGUUUUUCUUUUGAUCAUUUUUUUGCAUUGUUAAGCAUCUACUUAUUAUCUAGUUAUUUUAUAUUGCUCUUGUAUGCAACUGUAGAGUUAAGAGAGAUUCCUAAAUGUUUAGGAUUGUAGCAGUAAGUGUGAACUAUAAUAAUCUUAAAACAAGUCCCAUUAAUUGCUUCCAUGAUAUAAUUAUUGUAUUCAUAUACAUAUUGUCUUAUGGAAUAAAAAUAUGUUUUAAUGAAAUAA